AAUUCCAGUGUCGAAUCUCGCACGGUACAUAUAAUCCCGCUCAUAUUUAUUUGGAUAUGCUCAGCUGUUUGUCUGUGUGUUAUAAACUGUAUAGUAUGUGCACACUCCAGCGACACCUCUAUUACCCAGAAUGCACUGCUGCGAGUAAGUGACUGAGGAGGGGAUCCCAUCAGCAACACUGACUGUAGUUUCUAUUUUAUUAUGUUUAUUAAUUCACUUUUAACCAAGUGCUGACAGGGAGACGAACGAGAAGAGGAUCGAGCUUAGAUUUCGUUGCGUGUAUUUCUCGGCCAUGCCUCUCUUCACGUCAAAUCCCUUUGAUCAAGAUGUUGAGAAAGCGACAAGUGAGAUGAACACAGCUGAGGACUGGGGCCUCAUUCUGGAUAUUUGUGACAAGAUCGGACAGUCUCGCACUGGGCCUAAAGAAUGCCUGCGAUCUAUAAUGAGGAGAGUGAAUCACAAGGAUCCUCAUGUUGCCAUGCAAGCGUUGACGCUACUUGGUGCGUGUGUGUCAAACUGUGGAAAAAUAUUCCAUUUAGAAGUCUGCUCCAGGGAAUUUGCUAGUGAAGUUAGCAAUGUGCUAAAUAAGGGCCACCCAAAAGUGUGUGAGAAGCUGAAGGCUCUCAUGGUGGAAUGGGCUGAGGAUUUCCGUAAUGACCCCCAGCUCAGCCUCAUAUCGGCCAUGAUCAAGAACCUCAGAGAACAGGGCGUCAUCUUCCCUGCGGUGGGCUCUCAGGCAGCAGAUCAAGCUAAAGCCAGUCCUGCAUUGGUAGCUAAAGACCCUGCAACAUCAACAAACAAGAAGGAAGAAGAAGACCUUGCUAAAGCGAUUGAACUGUCUCUGAAGGACCAGCGGCACCAGCAGCAGCCUCAGGUCUCCCUGUCUGGCCUCUACCCGAGCACCAGCAGCCUCAUCACCUCUCACAAGACUGAGGGCAGAAAGGUCAGGGCCAUCUAUGACUUUGAGGCAGCCGAGGACAAUGAGCUCACCUUUAAAUCAGGCGAGAUUAUCACCAUCCUGGAUGAUAGUGACCCUAACUGGUGGAAGGGUGAGACGUAUCAGGGUGUUGGGCUUUUUCCGUCAAACUUUGUGACAGCAGACCUUACAGCAGAGCCUGAGAUGAUGAAAACGGAGAAGAAGACUGUGCAGUUCAGUGAAGACGUCCAGGUAGAGACGAUUGAACCGGAGCCAGAGCCUGUCUACAUUGAUGAGGAGAAAAUGGACCAGCUUCUUCAGAUGAUCCAGAGUGCGGAUCCAACAGAUGACCAGUCAGACAGCUGUGAACUCCUGCAGUUGGAGGCUGCUUGCAACCAGAUGGGUCCUCUCAUUGAUCAGAAGUUGGAGGAGAUUGACAGAAAACACUCCGAGCUGUCCGACCUGAACGUGAAGGUCAUGGAAGCAUUGUCUCUCUAUGCUAAGCUAAUGAAUGAAGACCCAGUAUACACUAUGUAUGCUAAACUACAGAGCCAGCAAUACUACAUGCAGCAGACCCCAAACGCUUCCCAACAGGUGUACCCUGGCCAGUCCACUGGAGGGCAGUAUGCAAUGGGUAGCACAGCAGUACCGGGAUACAGCGUUCCAAUGGAGCAGCUCUCUGCAAUGAACCAAACAGGAACACCAAUGGCUGGGCAGCCGGCUCCCAGUGAUGUUCAUAUGUACAUGGGCCAGCCUCCAGUCUACAGCCCCUCUCCUGGCAGCCUGGCCCCAGCUGAUGUCCAGUCCUACCAGACCCCAGGCGGCGCUCCAGCGGGCAUGACCCAGACCCACGGCUACAGUGUGCCCUCCUCCCAAAGCCACCCUGCUACUGCAGACAACCAACAGACCCCUUACCCUGAGAAAGCUCUCUUAUAGGACCCCUAGAGACUCAACCUCUCUGGUUUCAUACAGACACACACACUUCCAGUCAUAAACAAAGAACAUUCAGCUCACACACAGAUAUCUCCUAGAUUGUCUUCUCCUCCUCUUCUUUAAGACACACUACAAACAAACACACUGAUUCUGAUCAUGACAGGAUGUGCCGAUUGUUGACUACUAACUGGUGGUGUUCUCACAGAGCGGCUCUUUUUUUGGUCUCUUUUAUAAGAACAUUUUGUUGAAGGUAAUGAGAAACACUAAGUUAUACCAUUUAUUUGGCAUUUUCAUUAUAGUAAUACUUAACUGGAUGUUUCUUGCAGGAAAACACACAAAGAGAGCAUGCUUGUGUUGUACAUACAUUUCUGUACAAAUGUAGGUCUCUGAUAGUCCGGUGUUUGUCACAACAGGUUAAUUUCUCAUCACUAUGUGUGUGUGUCUGUGUAUGCGAGAGAGAGAGUGUUCAAGCCCACAGAAAUCAUCUCGCAUCUCUCCUCCAGAACCAUAUAGCGAAACACUGCCAUUGUCUUGACAGUGGCCCAUCACCCCAAUGUCUUUAAGCUCACUUCUCAGUGUUAAAGAUCAAAUGUUUUUUUUUAGUGUAUUUUAUUUAUAUUUUGAUUGUCGUUUUGCUGUUUUAAUUGACAGUACAUUAAUAGAAGGAUGUAAUAUUCUGCCUGUGUGCAGAUGUGUAUAUACAAGAGCUCACCUCUGUCUUUAGAGCGUAACGUUCAAAGCAGCUGCUGCUUCUGUAAAAAGGGCACAUGGGAAGUUGAGGAGUAAUGCUACUCCACAUCAUGCACUUUUAAUUUACCUUUUCCAUUACCCUCAUUUCAGAUGUGCCCACUUUAAAACGUACGUAUCCUAAGCUCUCGAAGAACCCGAAUGGCAUUAACCCUGCACUCUUAACUCUUCCCUUUUUUCCCAUAACCGUUUCAAAACAGAUGAUAGAAACACUCAUGCAACUUGUCUUGGAUUUUGCGAACGUAUCCCCUGGGAAUGAAUGAAUGAAUCACGUGUUAAUGCACUGUAGCACGUGGAAUGAUUGAACUAAUUCAUAAGUCCUGGCAAGGGCUGAGACUGACACUAAAGAGAACAGACUCGGUUCGUUUGAAUCUCCUACUCUAAACUAAGGCAGUACCCCACAUUUCUGUCUCAAUGUAGCUACAGUGUUAUCAGAGUAGUUAUUGACCUUUCAUAGAGAACAUUCUGGGAAAUUGGGACCAUGGGCCAGUUCUAAUGUAACACCUUAGCAUUUGCACACGGAGAUGAUAAUCCUUACGUCAACCUUAUCCACAGGGAAAAUGACUGUUUUUGGUGUAUCGGUUCUAUGUACCCAGUUGUUUGUAUGUACUAUUUUAAUCAUCUUAAUUAUUAGUAUUCACAAUAAAACUAGGCCAAAUGUA